GUGGCCCACGCGCACAUCACACCGGAUCACUCUUUACUCCGUGUUACUGAAUCUACUGAAGCGUUAAAGGACGCAGGAGGCGUUUAAAAAGACAGAGGGGCCAAAAUGGACGUUUUCAUGAAGGGGAUUUCUAAAGCUAAAGAAGGCAUGGCUGUAGCCGCGGAAAAAACCAAGGAAGGCGUGGCGGUGGCAGCGGAGAAGACCAAGGAAGGCGUCAUGUUCGUGGGCAGCAAGACCAAAGACAGCGUGGCUACGGUGGCUGAGAAGACGAAGGAGCAGGCGUCUCACCUCGGUGGCGUCGUCCUCUCUGGAGCCGGAAACAUCGCCGCUGCCACCGGCCUCAUGAAGAAAGACGAGUUUCCCUCAGACGUGAACCCUGAGGAGUUUGGUCAGGAGGCCACUGAGGAGCAGAUGGGGGAGGGAAUGGUGGAUCCAGAGGGAGAAGCAUACAACGAGAAUCAGCAGGCCCAGAGCCAGGACUACGAACCUGAAGCAUAAAGCAUAACAUUGAAACUUCAGCACCGACCAGCAGCACAAUAACGUUUCUAUCAAUACGAAGGGCAAAAUGCUGAACUCAUCCCAAUAAACAAAACAA